ACCACCAUCGGAAACCCGCGAGAACUUCGGAUAGUCGAUCAAACGAUUUGCGCAGCCUCCGAGCAACAACAGAAAAAAAAGUGAAGGAAGAAAGAUAGAUCCUAAUUACCGGACCGGUCCGACACCAGUCGUAUUUUGGCAGUCGUUAGUUAAUCAACGGAACGAAAACAACCGAACAUCCGCAGAAAACUUGCUAUCUUUGAUUUGAGAACUGCGCGCAGGAAGAUAUUUUUAGCCCACUAGAGAUCAAUUGUAAGCGAGCAAUCGAAGACGAUAAGGACAUUUUAGUGCAAAGUGCAACAUUUAGACUGUUUCUAGAACUCUCCCUCUCGCACCAGUGUCACACAUUUCGAGCGCGUCAGGAUCUUCGACUACACAACUAGUUCGCAAUGGGUGUCCAGGAUGUCCAAGAUCACAUGCCGGUGCAGUGCGACUUUGAAAUCUUCGGUCAGGUGCAAGGAUGUGGAUUCACAAAACACUGCAGAGACAAUUGCAUAGCACUUGGCAUAAAAGGAUGGGUGAAAAACUCAAAACAAGGAACAAUUAUGGGCAAAAUGCAGGGAGCGAAAGGAGAUGUCGGAAAAAUGGUUGAAUGGCUAUCGAAAACCGGCUCUCCCGGUUGUAAGAUCGACAAAGCAGAAUUCACCAACUGGGGCACGCUGUCGCGGUUCGCAUUCACAGACUUUGCUAUUAGAUUUUGAGGAUUGCGAAAUGCUGCUAAUUUUAAUGACUCGAAUGCAUGUUAAAUACUGAAUCGUUUUGUUGAGAAGCGCAUGGAUCAUUCUUGGUUUCCCGUAGACCGAACUGCAUUUCUCUGACGAAUGAUUCAGUUGUUUUGCAAUUCUGUUAACUGUGUCUAAUGAUAAGUUCAAAAACAUGGUAUCGCUGAGUAGUGUAGCGCUUAUGAGUUAGUUCAUGAGAUUUUAGCUGAACGAAGUUAUAACUACGCUGUGUUUUCUCUGUAUAUUUGUAACACUAUAAGACACAAUAAUUUUACAUAUUUUGCUGAACGACCAUUCAUCGAUAAAUGAUACCAUGAUAAGACGCUCAGGAUCUUUCUGUGCAUAAUAAAUUCCUAUCAAUCAAAUACUAUAUACCGGUAUCAGAGCAGUCAGUAAACGGUCAAGGUAUUUACAACUUCAACACUUUUGUCUUGAAUCCGAUGGAAUCUGUUUAGCAACAGUUUUGUAUAUGUUUAAGUUCACCAUAUUUAGUUAGUAAUAAAAACAAAUGACUACCAAAUAAAACUAUUUACUAGCACUUACCGAA